GCGUUCACGGACAGGCGGCCGCGGCCCCCCCUGCGGUUUACCCGAGCUCGAACCGGGACCGGAACACCGACGAGUCGUGGAACAGAACCGGGCUGCUUUUCUCCUCACGUCCCGGUGUUGCUCCACCGCGGGGCCUCCUCUUCAGUUUUUAGUUUUUAUUUCUUUUUACGGGGGUGGGGGGGAAGUGGGUGUUCCGGCAGCGGCGAAGUGUCCUCGAUGGCUGGCUGGAAGGACGGCUCGGUGCAGGAGAAGUACCGUCUGGUCGUGGUCGGAGGCGGAGGGGUCGGAAAAUCAGCCUUGACCAUCCAGUUCAUUCAGUCGUACUUCGUCACCGACUAUGACCCCACCAUCGAAGACUCUUACACCAAGCAGUGUGUGAUCGACGAGCGGCCGGCCAGGCUCGACAUCCUCGACACGGCUGGACAGGAAGAGUUUGGAGCCAUGAGAGAACAAUACAUGAGGACCGGGGAGGGCUUCCUGCUCGUCUUCUCAGUCACUGACAGAGGAAGCUUUGAAGAAAUCUAUAAAUUCCAAAGGCAGAUUCUCCGAGUCAAAGACAGAGACGAAUUCCCGAUGAUCCUCGUAGGAAACAAAGCAGAUCUGGAGCUACAGAGACAAGUAACCCAGGAGGAGGGCCAGCAGCUGGCCAGACAGUUAAAGGUCACCUAUAUGGAGGCUUCAGCCAAAAUUCGAAUGAACGUAGAUCAAGCUUUCCACGAGCUGGUUAGGGUAAUCAGGAAAUUCCAAGAGCAAGAAUGUCCACCUUCACCAGAGCCCAUGAGAAAAGAGAAGGACAAGAGCGGCUGCCAUUGUGUGAUCGUCUGAUUUUUGCCUUAUCACUGUAACUCAUGCAGCUACUCUAAGCCCCGCCCACUCUGCCUGACAUCACAUCCCUUGUGGAUGACUGACCGCUGCCUUCUUCAUGCGCAUGACUUCAGACGGCCUUUUUCUGAGAUCUGUUGACCAGGAGCUGCUGUUUCCAGGACAUUCUACGGACAACUGACAACGCCAAAUUUGAUCACCAUUCUACCUUCAGCUGUAAUCUUAAUCCAUACAAGAGACUACCAACACCUUCAGCUGUAAUCUUAAUCCAUACAAGAGACUACCAACACUAAAACAUUGCCUUCUAAAUCUGCCUGACAAAAAUGUUGUUUUGUACUCUGAAGGACUUCUCUUGCCUUGUAGUGACAUUUGUACUUGCUACCAAGAUUGAAUGAAAUAUAUAAAUAUAAAUAUAUAUAGCUCCAGAAUGUUAAUGACUUUUAGUUUCCAGUGUCUGACCAGAGCAGAGAGAUUAUCUAAUAUGAAGCUUUGUGUAUGUCGUGCCAUAUUCCACCUUCACCCCAUGUGCUAAUCUGCUUCUGUACAUAUGUGACGUUUGUAGUGAUUUACGAAGUGUAUUUGUAACGACCUGUUGAAUCACCACGGCGCAGUGUGUGAGGUGGAGUGGGGUUUUACGUCUAAGAAAAUGAAUAUGUAUGUAUAUAAAUAUAAUUGCUGGACAUCCCUUAAUGAAGCACCGCCACACUGCAGAAGGUUCUUUGGUUCUCCGCUCUUUUAGUCGCCACACAUGAAGUGUCUACAGUGUUUGGUUUUUAAGUCUUACAUAAAGAAACGAUUGUAUUCCUGCUCCAUCUCAAAAAUACAGAAAGAAGAAGUCCAGUAGGUUUUUUUGUUUCGUUUUCUCCUCGAAGGUGGAGCCUCCGUGACGGACAUCAUUUUGUUUUCGAAGCAGCAGAGAUUAAAGCAGCGGUAGCACUUUGUGUAGCUUUAAAAACCAACACAUGAACGGUGUUGUCAAGAGCGUUUCAUUCAGAGCAUCCGUUCAGAUUUAGUCUCUAAACUCCAUCUUUAGCUGUUCCCGCAGUGACACAGUGGCGAUGCGUUUGUUUUGUGUCCGUGACUCAACGUGUAACUCAGAUUUCUGUCGCGCUUCAUCUGCUGGUUGAAAAGCCAGGACGAGCAGAAGCCUCGAGAUGAAAAGUGCAAGUUCAUAUCUGGUGAAAGGAGAUGCCACCGGACCAACUACCUGAGUACUUUCCCUUCACUUUGACACAACCAUCCCCGUCAACUUCUGUACUUCUGUUCUGAAGCACUGCAGGUUUUUAUUUUAUUCAUAUCACCGUCUUGUAUUAUAGACGAGAAACUGGAUCAUGGAAAAAAUGGACUUGAUUAAAUGUUUCUACUCUACUUUUAUACAUUAUUUUCUUAUCCAACUAGUCGAUAAGUAUUUUUAUAUGUUUAUAAGUGAGUACGUGUUCACAUUCACAGCGUGGCUCUGUCGAUAUGUAAAAAAAAAAAAAAAAAGACUAUUUAAUUCUUCUGAUAAUUUUAAGCUGAAGAUUGUUGCUGCCCAAAUUUUAAAUAACCUGAUUCUUGUCUUGGUGGAUGAUUUUUUUUUUCUGCGUUGGAAAAUGAAAAUGUGUUUUUUCUUGAGGUUUUUGCAGG